AUGACCACUACUGUGCAACGCACCAGAUCCCGCUCUUCGUCGUUCUCGCCUGAGCCUGUCGUUGUACCGAGAUCGAAGAGAAGAGGUUUGUUGGCGAGGUUCACUUUGAUUCCUGAGGUGGAGGAACCGUAUGACUAUAAACGAAGCACGAAGUGGUUCAUUACGUUCCAAGUCGCCAUUGCUGCCGCAGCUGCGCCGAUGGGGAGUGCCAUUCUGUUGCCUGCUCUCCCACAACUGGCUUCAGACCUCCACAGUACGCCAACAAUCACCAAUUUGUCGGUGGCCCUCUACAUGCUAAGCAUGUCCAUCUUCCCGCUAUGGUGGUCGUCCUUCAGUGAAACCCUUGGUCGCCGCUCCAUCUAUUUGGUCUCAUUCGCCCUCUUUACACUCUGGAACAUCAUCUCCGGUAUCUCGACGUCCAUGGGCAUGCUCAUCGUGAUGCGAAUGCUCGGCGGCGGCGCCUCAGCAUCUGUUCAAGCAGUGGGAGCCGGUACCAUUGCUGAUAUAUGGGAGGUAAAGGAGCGUGGUAGGGCAAUGGGUAUCUUCUAUCUCGGACCAUUGUUGGGACCUCUGCUUGCACCAAUUAUCGGUGGGGCUUUGAGUCAGAAAUGGGGAUGGAGAAGCACGCAGUGGUUCCAGGUGAUCUAUGGCGGGAUCCUGUGUGUCUUGCUCGCCUUUUGUCUCCCCGAGACGCUUGCUAGGAAGACGCCUCCGGUUCCAGAUAUUCAGGCUGGAGACGAGAAGUCUGACGCCCGUUCUCAAUUGACCCGGAUCUCGACGAGACAAUCAGUCCAUCUCAAAACCAAAAAGGCCGCGGCAAUCUUCAAGCGCUGUAUUAUCGACCCUUUGAGUGUGUUGGCUUUCCUCCGAUUCCCGGCUGUUCUCAUCACCGUCUAUCUGGCCUCCGUAACCUUCGGCUCCCUCUACAUCCUGAACAUUUCCAUCCAACAAACAUUCUCUUCUGCUCCAUACAACUUCUCAGUCAUUAUCCUCGGACUUCUCUACAUCCCCAACUCGCUAGGCUACAUUUUCGCCUCCAUCAUUGGAGGUAGAUGGGUAGACCACAUCAUGCAUCGCGAAGCCCGAGCCGCUGGCCGCUACGACGAGCACGGGAAGUUGAUCUUCAGACCAGAAGACAGAAUGAGAGAGAAUGCGUGGAUAGCAGCCGUCAUGUUUCCGCUUGCAUUGAUCUGGUACGGAUGGAGUGCCGAGAAAGGAGUCCAUUGGAUCGUGCCUAUGAUUGCCAACUUCUUCUUCGGUCUCGGAAGCAUGAUCAUAUUCGGGGUCGCAACCACGAUGCUGACGGAGUUCAUGCCGAAGAGAAGCAGUAGUGGUGUUGCAGUCAAUAACUUCGUGAGGAAUAUCUUCAGUUGCGUGGGAGGUAUCAUUGCACAACCCAUUAUUUCGGCGAUUGGGGAUGGGUGGUUGUUCACCAUUGUGGGGAUUAUUUGCUUGAUCAGUGCCACUUCCGUAGUAUGGGCCAUGAGAAGAUUUGGUCCGAAAUGGAGACUGGUGAUGGACGAAAAACUAUCGAAGUUGUGA